UUCUCUCAGGUUACAAUUCUUAUGAGAGUUCAUCACAGAAAUUUAACGAACCUUGUAGGGUAUAUGAAUGAUGAGGGUCACCUUGGCCUCAUUUAUGAGUACAUGGCCAAAGGAAAUUUGGCCGAGCAUCUUUCUGAGAAAAGCUCCAGUAUAUUAAGAUGGGAAGACAGACUUCGAAUUGCAAUAGAUGCAGCGCAAGGACUGGAGUAUCUACAUCAUGGUUGUAAGCCACCAAUAGUUCACAGGGAUGUGAAAACAACAAAUAUCUUAUUGACAGAAAAUUUCAAUGCCAAGCUUUCUGAUUUUGGACUUUCAAAGACUUACCCAACAGAUGACAAGUCCUACAUGUCCACUGUUAUUGUUGGCACUCCAGGUUACCUUGAUCCAGAGUACUAUACAUCAAACAGGCUAACUGAAAAAAGUGAUGUGUACGGUUUUGGAGUUUCAUUGAUGGAAGUAAUUAGUUGCAGACCAGUAAUUUUGAACACCCUAGACAGAGAAACGAAUUACAUAGUCAAAUGGGUUCAUGCCAUGGUUUCUCAGGGAGACAUCAAGAAUAUAGUUGACCCACGAAUAAGAGGAGCAUAUGAAAGCAACUCUGUUUGGAAAGCUGCGGAAUUAGCCUUGGCCUGUGUAUCAGUAGACUCCAAUCAAAGGCCAACGAUGAAUCAAGUAGUGAUAGAGUUGAAGGACUGCUUGUCCAUGGAGUUGAGUCAGAGAUCGGAAAGCCAUCCAAUGGAAUCAAAAGACUCCAUUGAAAUGAUGUCCAUAUCAAUGGUUAUGAAUGCCAGCCACUCUAGUCCCAUGCCAAGGUGAAGAAAAUAUUCUAGCAAUUGACUUCACCUCAAGUAUUUUCUGGUUGUAUCCACUCUUCAUUUCAUCAAAUAAAUAGUUGGAGAUGAUGAAAUUUAGUACAAAAAUUGGUUAGAUGUGUUUUGUGGUAUUACUUAAGUUGAAUUUGCAAUGAAGUCAAUCCAAGAUUAGAGCAACGUUAUGGAGGAACUCAAAGAUUGCUUCAGCCAUGGAACUGAGUCCACAUGGCUUGAUUCAACAAAUUUCAUUGAAGUGAGGUUGAGUUCAUCUCCGAUCAUUCAUGAACUUUGAUAAUAUGGAUCUUUUAUUUGUUAUUUAGCAAUAUAUGAUCAAAUCAUCUAUGUAUUUCUUGUAUUUUAUUGGUAGUCACGUAAGAAGAAAUGUAUUGGAACAAAACUUCGGGU